UCGAGUUGUGGAGUUUCAGAGAUUCAGAACUUUUGCACAGACUGGACAUCAGAUCACCAGACCGGCCUCCCCGCCGACUCCUGUUCUCCGGAGAGGAGAGAAUGGUCUCCUCCGAGGAGGAAUCAGCCCGUUUAGGCGCUUCUGUGUUCGGAUUAGCUGUUUUUUUAAUGCCACGCUGUGUCGUAAACGGGUCUGACUGCGCGCGCUCUCGAGAGAAGUCCGGAAUCGCCAUGUGUGUGGGCUGUGGAAGUCAGAUCCAUGACCAGUACAUCCUAAGAGUGUCCCCGGACCUGGAGUGGCACGCGGCCUGCCUCAAAUGCGCCGAGUGCAGCCAGUACCUGGACGAGACGUGCACGUGCUUCGUCCGAGACGGCAAGACCUACUGCAAACGAGACUAUAUACGGUUAUUCGGGAUCAAAUGUGCCAAGUGUAACAGCGGCUUUUGCAGCAGCGAGCUGGUGAUGAGGGCUCGGGAGAAUGUCUACCAUAUGGAGUGCUUCAGGUGCUCGGUGUGCAGCAGACACCUCCUGCCCGGAGACGAGUUCUCUCUGCGGGAAGAGGAGCUGCUGUGUCGGGCUGAUCACGGCCUGCUGCUGGAGAGAGGAGCGGCGGGAAGCCCCCUCAGCCCCGCCAACAUCCACUCAGCCAGAGCCCUGCACAUGCCAGAGCCCGUGCCGGUGCGGCAGCCUCCUCACCGGAACCACGUCCACAAACAGUCGGAGAAAACCACCCGCGUGCGCACCGUGCUCAACGAGAAGCAGCUGCACACGCUGCGGACGUGCUACAACGCGAACCCGCGGCCGGACGCGCUGAUGAAGGAGCAGCUGGUGGAGAUGACGGGCCUGAGCCCGCGGGUCAUCCGGGUCUGGUUCCAGAACAAGCGCUGCAAGGACAAGAAGAAGUCCAUGCUCAUGAAGCAGCUCCAGCAGCAGCAGCACAGCGACAAAACGAAUCUCCAAGGACUAACAGGGACGCCGCUGGUGGCGGGCAGUCCGAUCAGACACGACAACACGGUCCAGGGUAAUCCUGUAGAGGUGCAGACGUAUCAGCCCCCCUGGAAGGCCUUAAGCGAGUUCGCCCUGCAGAGUGACCUGGAGCAGCCCGCCUUCCAGCAGCUGGUGUCCUUCUCUGAGUCGGGCUCUCUCGGUAACUCCUCGGCCAGUGAUGUGACCUCUCUGUCGUCGCAGUUGCCGGACACCCCCACCAGCAUGGUGGCCAGUCCGGUGGAAACGUGA